AUGGUAUAUGUAGAUAAAAGUGGCAACAUUACCGAUAAAAAGCAGAAAGGAAUCAUUGAGAUGAUUACCGGCUUUUUCAUGUUCAUUUGGCUUUUCAUCCAAUCGUUCCUGGGCCUCAGCACAAGACCUAAUGGCUACACACCAACAGCAAUCGAUCACAGACAAGCAUUGAGACACCGUGGAGGUGGCGGCGGCGGAGGCAUCGGCUAUCGUCCAGGAGACAAUCAAGGCUUCCGCAGGAACAUCGGCCGCCUUCCGGACUCCUCCGGCAUCGCCCCUCCACCAAUGGGUGGCGGUUGCUGCGGCGGUGGCGGAUGCGGAUAA